AUGACAUUUAUCACUAGCGGUACGUUUCGAAAUUGCCGGAAUUUGGAAUUUUUAAACCUUUCGGGCAACGAUAUUACUUGGAUUGGACAAAACUCUUUCAGUGGGCUUGAAAAUUUGAGAUUUCUAGGAUUAAGUCAAAAUCGUAUUACUGAAAUACCUGACGUGUGGCCGCCUCGUCUAAGAACCCUUUCGCUGUCGUUUAAUAACAUCAGUGGUGAAGUGAAUGGAAAUGUGUUUACGGGUCUAACUGAUUUGUCAUCGUUGAGCUUGAGAUCUAAUAACAUAAGUGCAAUCGAUUUCAACGGAACGACACUCGACAAUUUGAUGACACUCGAACUGACCAACAAUUCGUUAAACAAGAUUGAGCGACAUACGUUCGGUGCAAUGAAUGGCCUAAGCGAUUUAUUAUUGGAUGAAAAUUUAAUAACAAUAAUUGAGGACAUGGCGUUUGUCGGACUGCCCAGUCUGCGUGUGUUGCGGCUGUCAAACAAUAAGCUGAGAUCAUUAAAUCCUGCAGUAUUUUCCGGAAUCGAUUCUUUGGUUAAUUUGGAAAUUUUUAGCCAAGAAAUCAUCGCCUUUCAAGCUGACACGUUCAUUAAUGCACCAAAUUUACUAUAUCUCGGAAUAGGAGGUGGAUAUGUGACCUCUGUUCAUCAAGAUACGUUCCGGGGUUUGGCCAAUUUAAAUCGGUUGUCUGUAGUGUCCGGCCUAAUUGAAACUUUGCCAACCGGCAUUUUCCAGUCACUUUCAAACGUUACUGAAAUUAUUCUUGCGCAAAACUCUAUUGUGAGAUUGGAGUCAGGAUCAUUUGGAGUGUUACCGUUGUUACAAACAUUAAGAGUCGAAAGUAACAGAAUAGACGUAAUUCAACGGGGAUUCUUUGAAAACUUCCCCAAUCUUCGACAAUUCAAUGCUAGAGGCAAUCGAUGCGUGAAUCAAUUGUUUGAAAAUAUUGAAUUCAAUACGUCCAACGCUUUUGAUCAGUGCUAUGCAAAUUGGGGACAUAUUUAA